CAGCAAACGGUGUCGCACGCGGCGAGUGUGAUGAAGUGUUACAAGUGUUACAAUAUGUGACAUAACGAGGCUAACCUAACCUAACCUAACGUUAAGCCGUUCACACGAAGGGGGCCUUACGAUGAGCCACGACCACAACAUGCCAAUGCCGACCUGUUCAAUGAAUAUGUUAUGGAACACACAAAUCGUCGACACAUGCAUCGUCUUUCCUGGAUGGCAUAUCAGUUCAACCUCUGCUUUCGUGUUUUCAUGCAUCGCAAUCAUCGCUCUCGGAAUAUUUUACGAGUACCUUCGUGUUCUUCAGAAAACCUAUGACAGCCGGUUAGCGCUGUCGUUGUGUAAAGGAAAGACGAGGAGUCGCAGUGUCUCGCCUAGUGCGGCAGAAGACCAAGAAUUGUUGACAGGACGCUCGGUCGUGAAGCCACGGGUUUUAGUUCCCCCUACCUCCCGUGCUAUUCGCGCAAUUCUUUACGGAGCUACAGUCUUCCUCUCCUUCUUCCUCAUGUUGGUGUUCAUGACUUAUAAUGCAUAUCUUAUACUUGCCGUCGUUCUAGGGGCUGCUAUCGGGCAUUACAUUUUUGGUGCUACUUUAUCAUUGGACUCAAAUCUGGAUAGCGGAAGGGGAAUGGCUUGCCAUUAGUUGGAAGUUCUCUAUGUGCAUACUGUACUUUUCUCCCCCUCUCGUUUAUACGCCGGAUGUAAUCCAUAUGUAGCGUGUAGCCAGUAUCGAAACUCUCGACUUAGAUUGGGUCGCCAAAUAUGUGUCGUAGCCUAGUAGUCUUCCCGUCGACACUUAUUAAUUAUCGCAUGUUCAACGUACAAACGUUCAAACGUUCAUGCCUGGCUCCUAGUAAUACUG